AGACAGACAGAGACAGAACUCCAAGAAAUAUGAUGGAACACUCACACAAAGAAGCGUGUGUGUACAAAGGGGAGUAAGUUGGCCCCCACUCCCUGCCAGCCGGGGAGGGUCACCGAUGAGACACCUGCCACUCAUCACACCGUCAACAGUCCUUACUGUGCCAUCAACUGUGGGUGUGCUGGAGAGAUCUAGGAAGCACAAUGGGUCAGAACAACAGCAGCAACCCCCUGCGGGAGAACCUGGAGUCACUGCACAAUCAGAUGAUGAAGCAUGCUGGGGCAGACUACGACAUUGCCACCACCACCACUCUCACCUAUGACCAGUUCCUUGCCUACAUCACACAGCUCAACCAAAUAUGCCGUGAGUACAAAGACAGUGAGGGCCACAUGCUGGUCUUUGCUGUUAAAAAAGGCACUGACUCCACAGUCUUCUGGAAAGCCACAGUCCGCAUUGCUUGUGUCAAGCUCAACACUGCCAACAACAAAGUCCAGUCAUACCGCCUCCUCAACAUACGCCAGUUCCUCCAGGUGUUCCGGCGGGUGACCUAUGAAUGCACUGGGGGUACCUUGGGAAGCAUGGAAGGGGUGAUAGGAGCUGAGUCAACAGAAGAUGGCAGCUCAGUGGCACAAGGGCCUGCAGUGCCAAUACCUCCCACUGUGGCUGCCUCAAUGGUCCUGGGGGGCAUGCAGGAAGUGGGUCAGGCCACACCCACUCCUUUCCCCACCAGUCAGGAGCAGACGGAGAGCCCUGGGGCAGUUGGGGGCUGGGAUGUCAAUCUGAGCGAGUGCAUGAUUUGUCUGGAACGCAAGCCGGAUGUGAUCCUUCCAUGCGCUCAUGCCUACUGCCUCCCCUGCAUUGAGCAAUGGUGGGAAUAUGCUAGACCUACCUCACAAGAAUGUGCCUCCUCUUCCUCUUCCUCCUCCUCCACCACCAGUCUUGUGUACCCAGUGUCAGUGGUGGAGAAGACUUGUCCCAUGUGCCGUGAGUCCCUGGAAAGCACUGAUGACACUUGGGUGCUCUCAGAGGCCCCGGACUCAGACCAGGUCAAUGAGGAAAUACGCAAGACUCUCAUCAGCCUGGCAGGCACGCAGGGUGAGGCCCCUACAUAAGAGGCCUGAAUUACAAAGGUGCAGUGCUUGAUGGCAGAUGACGUCCCCAGUCUGCUGCAGCCCCACCUAUGAAUUGCUGAUGUGGCAGCAGCAUGGAAAUGUGAGGUUUCCAAUGAAAUAUCUGAUCCAUUAAGGUAAUGUUCAUAAGAUUCAUGAUACCUGUGGAUAUACUAGUGUCAAAGAGGUUCAGGCUCCCUAACAUGUGGCUAGUGUGGGGAAGGGGAGAUGGCAGUUGGUGUUAUCUUUCUAACCUAUUACAACAACCUCACCUUAUAUCAUAAUCAUGAUCCACACCUUGAAUUCAUGCUGGUCUUUUGAUUCCCAUUCUGGAUUAAGACUUCCUUUUUCUCUUAUCUAAUUCUUGGUUCCCCUAUUUGUAGCUGACAAUAAGAGAUUUCUAGACACUUUUAUCUCUCAUCACCUUAAUGGUCCAGUCUAGCUUAUUUCUACAUGUACUCUCCAUAGAAAGAAUAUUUUACACUGUAAUGGGUUUCAAAAUGUUGGCUGUAGUAAACCUUUUUUUUAUUGAUCAUCUUUUGAUUAUAUGAUGCAUAUUGCAAAUUAUCCAUCAUUUAUUUUACAUGUGAUGUUAAACUAAGUAACAGAUCAUUUUGCAACCCAUAAGACUUGGAGAUAAAGUUUUUGCUCCAUCUAAAUAGAAUAAAUUCGUGAUAAAGACCAGCAGCUUCCUGCAGACGCUCAGAAGUUCACUUGACAUUGCUAUGAAAUUUCUCUACUGUGAAACAUGACUUCCACAUGAAAGACAGUUUACUUUAGCUUAUUUUUACUUAUAGGACACUCAGCAUGUGGCAUUAUAUUCAAUAUGCAUAUCUAGUGGUAUAUAGCUUUUUAUUGAUACUAAAUGUGGAUGAAGGAGAGCAAACCAAAGGAGUAGAAGUAGUGUUUACUGCCAGCUGACAGUGACUCUGCCAACAAGCAGCUUUGACAGCGCAGAAUGAUAUUGCCUUGUCAUGAGGUUCAACUUUCUGUGUAACAAUAUCAUGUCAAAUAGGUCAGUGAUAAAAAUUUGUUACUUUGUAGUGGUAAUGCUUUCCAGUGCAUAUUUGUGUUACUGGGCAUUAAGUAUGUUUAUAAAUGAGUAGUGUUUACUGCCAGCUGACAGUGACUCUGCCAACAAGCAGCUUUGACAGCACAGAAUGAUAUUGCCUUGUCAUGAGGUUCAACUUUCUGUGUAACAAUAUCAUGUCAAAUAGGUCAGUGAUAAAAAUUUGUUACUUUGUAGUGGUAAUGCUUUCCAGUGCAUAUUUGUGUUACUGGGCAUUAAGUAUGUUUAUAAAUGAGUAUUCUUUUUCUAAAAAUUAUAUUUACAUAAUCUGAACCUCCAUAUUGGCCUGUCAGUAUGUAUGUACUGCUCAGUAAUUUCUCUCUGAAUUACCAUUUUAAGUCUCAGAAAGCAUCGAUGUUACUAUACCACUGUGCCAGUGGUUAUAUCCUUAUUCUUAAGUCUUAGCUAUUGCUGAUGGCAUGCUGAAAACUCGUGUUGGUGAUGGCCAGGAGGGCGUGUGCCAAAGCCGCCUGAUCCUAGCGAGUGGUUGACUUGACCCACUGCCAAGAGUCAUGAACUAUACCUAAAUCUCACUUGAUUUACUACAAGUUGAUUAAAUAUUGUGUGCAUCAAAUUGGAAAGUAUUUACCUGAAGUAUCAUGUUCUGAUACUAGUUUUAAGAUAUGAAGUGAUAAGAGGACGUGAUGGGAACACUUGUGAGCAGGGAGGUGUUGUUUCAGUCAGUGUUGGUCUUUCCUGGGCAAGGGAAGUGUAUACAGAUUAUCUUGAAUUUGUUAUUAACUUUAGUAAAUUUAUAUAUUUGCUAUAGACUUUUCCAGUUUAUACGUAGUCAAAGCCAGAGGGCCAAAAGAGAGCAUGUGUGCCCCUUGCUCCGUGACAUAGGUGUACAUUGUUUAGACUAGAGAGGUCAGCAUUGUGCAAGUUAGUCAUGCAGACCUCAGGAAUAUAUGAAGAUAUAGUUAUUGGCAUUAAAACCUGAAGGAUAUACAA